UCGCCACAGCCGACCGAUAAACUCACGUUCAAACGUCGGCGUGCGUCCACUCAAAAACGGUCGGCUCUUGUUCGGGUUUGUCGUUUACCGUAAACCUCGGACUCGGUAUUUUUCGUAUUUUAAAUAUAAAUUUUUCAAUAUUACUCUUCGAUCUCGGACGAGUUUAUCGAGAUCUCCGUCAAUAGUAGCAAUUCGCGAAAUCCUUAUAUUACUGCAGGUUUUUAGCAGUUUUGAAAAUUUUUUUUCUCGUCCGUUUCCUCCGACUGCAGUGCGCCUCGCAGUCAGCAAAAUAUAACAAUAUAACACAACAUCAUCGUGAUAUAAUAAACCGGCCGACGACAUACCAAGUGUGCAACAGUGCCUAUAUAGGUAGCUGUUCGCUACCGCAACGGGACGUCCGCAGCAGGUUUACUUGUCAUAUUGGUUACGGAUAGAAUGUGAUACCUAGACUCAAAAUGGUGCACGCAGGCACAGUGCUCAUAAGUGCCAUAAAGUUGGCAACCAAGGUGGCUGGAGGUGGAAAGCUACUAUUUUUGCCUACGUUCUUGGCCGCUUUGGCCUAUUACAAUUAUGACUUGUAUGACCCAGAAAACCGUCUGGUGAAUGAGAAGAACCUGAGAUCCGAAUAUGAUUUCAUAGUGGUAGGCGGUGGUUCGGCAGGUGCCGUGGUCGCCAACCGUCUGUCCGCAAACCCGGAAUGGAACGUACUGUUGCUGGAGGCUGGCGGACACGAGUCCGAGAUAACGGACGUGCCCGCCAUAUCGCUGUACUUACAUGGCAGCAAGUACGACUGGAAGUACAAGACACAGCCGGACAGCUCGGCGUGCCAGGCGAUGAAGGGCAAUCGGUGCUGUUGGACUCGGGGUAAGGUUAUCGGCGGCUCCAGCGUGCUGAACACCAUGCUGUACGUGCGGGGCAACAAGCGGGACUAUGACAACUGGGAGAGCAUGGGCAACCCCGGCUGGGGGUUUGAGGACGUGCUCCCGUACUUCAAAAAGUCGCAGGACCAACGGAAUCCGUACCUGGCCAAGAAUACCAGAUACCACGCUACCGGAGGAUAUCUGACCGUCCAAGACUCGCCGUGGAACACGCCUUUGGGCAUCGCUUUCCUGCAAGCCGGCGAAGAAAUGGGUUACGAGAUUCGCGACACCAACAGCGACAUCCAGACUGGGUACGGACUGUACCAGUUCACGAUGCGCCGGGGUUACCGGUGCAGUUCGUCGAAGGCGUUUUUGCAACCAGUAAGGUUGCGGAGGAACCUGCACGUGGCCUUAUGGUCACACGUGACCAAAGUUCUCAUCGACCAGGACAGCAAGCGGGCUUAUGGCGUGGAGUUUGAACGGGACGGCCGAAAGCGGGUUGCGUUGGCCAAGAGAGAGGUCGUGCUGUCCGCGGGCGCCAUCAAUAGUCCUCAAUUGCUUAUGCUCUCAGGCAUCGGACCGGAAGAACACCUGAGAAGUAUCAAUGUACCAGUAAUCCAUCAUUCACCGGGCGUCGGUGAAAACCUUAUGGACCAUGUGGCCGUUGGCGGUCUGGUCUUCCCCAUUGACUAUCCAGUCAGCUUGGUCAUGAACCGUGUAGUCAAUAUACCGGCAGCAUUGAGGUAUGCCGUGCUGGGCGAAGGACCACUGACGUCGUCCAUAGGACUGGAGACGGUGGCAUUUAUCACGACCAAAUACGGUAACCAGUCGGAUGACUGGCCGGACAUCGAGUUCAUGCUGACGUCCACGUCGACCAACUCUGACGGCGGGACGGCAGCCCGAAAGGCGCACUGUCUGCGUGACGAAUUCUACAACGAGCUGCUGGGCGACCUCAGCAACAAGGACGUGUUCGGCGUGUUUCCGAUGCUGUUGCGGCCCAAGAGCAGGGGUCGCAUACUGCUUCGGAGCAACAACCCACACCAGUAUCCGCUUUUGUACCACAACUAUUUCUCGCACCCGGACGAUCUGCGGGUGUUGCGCGAGGGUGUCAAGGCAGCGGUGGCGGUGGGCGAAACGACUGCCAUGAAACGAUUCGGCGCCCGAUUCCACUCCAGGCCGGUGCCCGGUUGCAAGACUCUCGAGCUGUUCACCGACGAGUAUUGGGAGUGCGUCAUACGUCAGUACACCAUGACCAUAUACCACAUGUCUGGCACAUGUAAAAUGGGACCACCUACCGAUCCAUUAGCCGUAGUCGAUCCCAAGCUCAGAGUGUAUGGAAUUCAGGGCUUGCGAGUGAUUGACGCCAGCAUUAUGCCUCAGAUCACCAAUGGUAACAUAAAUGCCCCGACAAUAAUGAUUGGUGAGAAAGGUUCUGACAUGAUAAUCAAUUAUUGGCAUGGCGUGGACACGAGAAGGAGAAGACGAAGGAGUGCGAAUAUUACCAUUAGUUAGCCAAUAUUACCAUCUGCAACCUAUUAGGUUAAGCCCUCGAUCAUCUCAAUACUUAUGUAAAGUUGUGUUGCUCAAUUUUUAUAAAAAUGUAUAGGUAUGUAAUUAUAAGAUCAAACGACUAUUAUGAUUAUACUAUUUUUAUGGAUAUAACUUCUUCUUUACAUCUUUAAAAUCACAUUUACGGUUUAAACCUUUUUUAAAAACAUUUUGUAACAAAAUGUUGAAUUACUUGACAAACUUAUCAAAACUAAUUGUAUGUUAUCAUUCACUCUAGUCUGGAUAUAAAUAUUAGUAUUAUUAUUAUUACUAUUAUAUUUCUUAUUGUUUACUAUACCUAAUUGUGAACCACUUUGAUAUUUCUAUUGUAUACUUAUACAUAAUUGUAUUAAAAUGUAAUGAAUCAUUUAUAUUAUUUUCUUUGUAUUUGUUGUUUGUAUAACUAGUAGUAUUUGUUAACUAACACUGUAAAUCAAAAUAUUAUAAACAUGACUUUUGAGUAAAUUACAUUAUAAGACCAUUAGAUGUACCUCUAUACUUAACAGAAAUAUGUAUUUAUAUAAUUAUUUGAUAUACAUUGGGUAUUAUGAAUUAUUAAGAUUGAAUUCAUCUACAAUGAUA